AUGGAAAUCAUAACGGAGAGGUUCUACUCGAACCUUUUCCGUUCAUCAACUCCUAUGUCAAGCCCGAUCAUCCCCACUGGCAAAGCUCCACCACGGAUUCUCCCUUCGGAAGUACGAGUCGCUAUCAAGAGCAUGAAACCUGGCACAGCCCCCGAACCUGAUUUUAUAUCAGCAGACUUUCUCCGGGCUGGUGGCCAUCCGCUUCAUACCAGUGGAAGACCUCGCGAACCUAUUCACAAGAAAGGUGACCGAGAGGACCUUCGGAACUACCGUCUGAUAUGCUUGCUGAGCGUGUUAUACAAAGUACUCACCAAGAUCAUCCUCACCCGCAUGUCUAGGACGCUGGAUGAAGCCCAGCCUCAAGAACAAGCUGGAUUCCGCCAGGGGUUCAGCUGCUUGGACCACAUCCAGACUGUGUCGAGGGUCAUAGAGGCUUGCCGGGAAUACCGCCUGCCCCUUGUUCUAACCUUCGUCGACUAUGAGAAAGCCUUUGACAGCGUAGAAACGAAUGCAAUACUGUCAGCGCUGGUCGGCCAAGGUGUGGAUGCGUCGUAUGUGAGGACAUUAGCCAAUUGCUACGAUCGAUGCACGACUAGGAUACAGCUUUUCCACCGCCCUCUCACCAUACCCAUUGGAAAGGGAGUACGACAAGGCGAUACUAUAUCGCCGAAGCUGUUCACGGCUGCAUUGCAAUGGGUAAUGAAAUCACUUUCCUGGGAAGAAAGGGGCAUACGUGUUGAUGGAAGAUUUCUUUCGAACCUUCGUUUCGCGGACGACAUCGUUCUCUUUUCGAGCAGUACCAAUGAAGCAGAAACGAUGCUCAACGAAUUGAACGAAGCAGGGAAGAGAAUAGGACUACGAAUAAACAGAAAGAAGACACAGUUCAUGAAGAACACCUACUGCGAGGACGGAGGAGUACAACUUGAAGGCUCCCAAAUCAUGGAAACUCCGUCAUACGUAUACCUUGGACGUUCAAUGAACAUGGAAAAUGACUUGAAGGAAGAACUAAACAGAAGAAUGAGAGCAGCAUGGGCAGCAUUCGCAGCCGUCAGGGAGGCUACGGACCAACUGACGGACCAAGAUCUUCGUGCCCAUCUGUUCGACUCGACAGUCCUUCCAGCGCUCUGUUACGCAGCGGAGACGUGGGCAGACACCGCGGCCACGUCUAGGAAGCUACUUACUACCCACAGAGCCCUUGAGAGAUGUCUCCUGAAGUUUAACCGGCGCACACAACACCUAACCGGUCUUCGUAGCUCCGACUUAAGAGGAAUGUUCCGUCUUCGCGACCCAGCGGAAUAUGUAUCGAAAGCAAAACAUAGAUGGGCCGGUCACAUCAUGAGAAGAAUCGACGAUAGGUGGACUAAAAGAACGCUAGAGUGGAUCCCAAGGGACGCUAAACGCCCCCGAGGGAGACCGCCAACGAGAUGGGGUGACGUGUUCGCUACACGGAUGGACCAGCUGAGAGCUCAGCUGGAUACGGCUCAAGGACCUCGUCAACGUCACUCACGAAGCUUGAGAACAUCCUGGAUGACAAUGGCGAGGGAACGAAACGAGUGGAAGAGAUGCUGGGGCUCGCACGUCCAGUGA